GUGCCUCUCGCCGUGUCGAUGGAAAAGGCGGCGCUGUCUGGCAGUGGGGCCCAGAUGCGAGCCUGGAGGUCGCUGGAUGCUAUUCUAUCCAGGUUCCAGGCGCUCCAGGACGACACCGUUGGUGCCAGCGAUGAAGCAGCUGUUCAGCCGUCCUCCACGUGCUCAGGUGGGGCCUGCGAUCGGCGUGAGGAGCGCGCGGGGGAGUGGCCAGCGGCGCCCAGCGUUUCUGGGCUCAGCACCGAGGGUCCGUCGCUUUCCCUGGGUUCCAUGGGCUUUGUCCUGCCUGACUACACGUCGCCGUACUCGGGGCCGACGCCGCUGGCUGGUGCUGAGGAGCUGGACCACCUCGACUUGUCGACGCUGACGGGGGCCAAGAUCGUGGAGUUCGACCUGCACUCGCUGCGCAGCGUUGCGGAAGCGGGCGGGGAGGACCUGGCCACCCUAGCGACCAACGUCCACCAAGCGGCGCUGGAGGCGUCCCAGGCGGCGGCAAAGGUGCAGCUGCAGGAGUGGAGAGAGUGGGCCCAGUCCGCGGUGAAAGCUGGUGGCCGUCGUGCUCACAGGUACCUGAAGGACUUGCCGCAGGUGAAAGGGCCAGUGGCUCCUGAGGGCUGGGCGCUGCAAGGGGAUGCGGCUGUGCAGGCAAUGCACAUGGAUUGGUUGCAGUACUGGGGAGACGCCAAGGAGAGCAUCUCACAGAUCCAGGCAGCAGUCGCGCAGAAAGAUGAGCUGCCCAG